GGUCUACGGAGUGCUGGGGCUGCCCAGGAUGAUGUGAGGCUGAGCUGCCCCAUAGAGGGUGGGAGAAGGAAGUGAGCCCUUGACUAACACUAAGCAAGACUGCCAGGGAUUACCGCGUCCAAGUCUGAGAAAGCUGUCCACCAGGAGGUGGUCUGGGGUGACUGACGGUUAUCACCAAGAUGACGCUUCAUGCUACCCGGGCAGCUGCACUUCUAUCCUGGGUAAACAGCCUGCGUAUAGCUGACCCUGUGGAGAAUGUGCAGCAGCUCCAGGACUGCAGGAUCUUCAUCAAGAUCAUUGACAGCAUCCACAGCACCGAGGAGGGGCAGCAAAUACUGCAGUUACCAGUUCCAGAGAGACUGAGUUUUGUGUGCACGUUUUUGCAGAAAAACCGAAAACAGCACUCUUCUUCAGAAUGCCUGGUGUCCAUGCAGAAGGUGAUAGAGGGGUCAGAGCUGGAGCUUGCCAAGAUGGCCAUGCUGCUUUUAUACCACUCCAUCAUGAGCUCCAAAAGUCCCCGGGACUGGGAACAAUUUGAAUACAAGACUCAGGCUGAGAUAGCUGUUAUUCUCAAAUUUGUGUUGGACCAUGAGGAUGGAUUAAACCUGAAUGAGGACCUAGAAAACUUCCUACAGAAAGCUCCUGCACCUGCCACCUGUGCCAGCACCGCCUCUGAAGAACUUUCCCCUCCCAGCCACCAGACCAAGAGGGAGGUUCGCUUCUUAGAGCUACAGAGGGUCGCCUCUUCUGGGGGGAACAGCUUCCUUUCAGGAUCUCCAGCGUCCCCCAUGGGUGAUAUCCUCCAGACCCCACAAUUCCAGAUGAGGCGACUAAAAAAGCAGCUUGCAGAUGAGAGAAAUAAUAGGGAUGAGCUGGAGCUGGAGCUGGCUGAGAAUCGCAAACUCCUCACAGAAAAGGAGGCACAGAUAGCUGUGAUGCAGCAGCGCAUUGACCGCCUGGCCCUGCUGAACGAGAAGCAAGCAGCCAGUCCGUCGGAGCCCAAAGAACUUGAGGAGCUCCGGGGCAAGAAUGAGAGCCUCACCGUACGGCUUCAUGAAACUCUAAAGCAGUGCCAAGAUCUGAAGACUGAGAAUGGCCAAAUGGAUCGCAAAAUCACCCAGCUUUCUGAGGAGAAUGGGGACCUUUCCUUUAAGUUGCGGGAGUUUGCCAGUUGCCUGCAGCAAGUACAGGGUGACCUGAACGAACUGACGGAGCAGCACGGCAAGGCCACCCAGGAGUGGGAGGAGAAGCGGACUUGCCUUGAGAAGGAGCUGAGCGUGGUCCUGCAGGACAAGAAAUGCCUUGGUGAGAAGAAUGAAAUCCUUCAGGAGAAGCUUUCACAGCUGCAGGAACAUCUGGCGCAGCUUCCAGAGAACCCAGUCCCGAAGGGGGGAGAGGUGCUAGGUGACGUCUUGCAGCUGGAAACCCUCAAACAAGAGGCAGCUACCCUUGCUGCAGACAACACCCAGCUCCAGGCCAAGCUGGAAGUGCUGGAGGCCGAGCGGGGCCAGCAGGAAGCCAAGCUGCUGGCUGAGCGGAGCCACUUUGAAGAAGAAAAGCAGCAGCUGGCUGGUGUGAUCGCUGAGCUGCAGGGCUCUCUGGCCACCCUCAGCCAGGCCAAGGAAGAGCUGGAACAGACCUCCCAGGCUCAGGGGGCCCAGCUGACUGCCCAGGUGGCCACAUUGAGCUCUGAGCUCACCACCCUCAGUGCCACACUCCAGCAGCAGAAUCAGGAACUGGACAGCCUGAAGCAGCAGGCCCAAAAGGAGCAGGCCCAGCUGUCACAGAGCCUCCAGCAGCAGGAACAGGCUGCCCAAAGCCUCCGCCAGCAGGUGGAGCAGCUGAGCAGCAGCCUGAAGCAGAAGGAGAACCAACUGGAGGCGGCCUUCAAGGAGCAGGAGGCAGCCAGGCGGGAUUACACCCAGCAGCUGGCUGCUGCUGCCUUGGAGCGGGAGGCCUCCAUCAGGGAGAAGGACUCAGCCCUCCAGCAGCUGCAGGUGCUAGAGAAGGAGAAAGCUGUCAAGCUCGAGAUCCUGCAGCAGCAGCUUCAGGCAGCCAGUGAAGCCCGGGACAGUGCUCAGACCUCAGUGACACAGACCCAGAAGGAGAAGGCAGAGCUGAGCCAGAAAGUAGAGGAUCUCCAGGCUCAUCUGGAGGCUGGCCACCAAGAGCGACGUGAGAGCCGGGCCCAGAUGGCAGAGCUGAAGGCCCAGCUCAUGUCGGAGCAGCAGCAAGCGGCUGAGAGAGAGAGGCUGGCUCAGGAGCAGGUCCAGGCCCUCGAGGAGUCCUUGAAGCUCACCAAGAGCAGCCUCGAGGAGGAGAAACGCAGGGCCGUGCAGGCUCUGGAAGAGCAGCGGCAGUCUGUCUCCAAGCUGGAGGCAGAGUCUCGGAGCCUGGAGGCACAGCAAAAGCAGAGAGAGAAAGAGCUGGAACAAGAGAAGUCUAGGUGCGAGGGGCUGGAGGCCCAGCUGCAGCAGCUUGAGGAGGCCCGUCAGGCCGAGGUGGAAGCCCUGCGGCGGGAGCUGCCAGAAGCUGUGGCCUCACGGCGCAGAGCUGAGAGUGAAUGCGUGCAGCUUGCCAAAGAGGUGGCCACCUGGCGUGAGCGGUACAAGGAUAGCCAGCGAGAGGAGGCCCAGUGUGGCGCCAAGUUCCAGGAACAACUGAAAACUCUGAAGGAAGAGUGUGAGAUGGCCCGCCGGGAGCUCCUGGAGGCCAAGGAGAAGCUGGCCGCGGCGGAGGCCCACUGUGAGCUUCAGACGGGUCGGCAGCAGAGCGAGCUGGGUCAGCUCCAGGCCAGUCUGGGCAGAGCCCACCAGCAAGUCCAAGAGAAGGAGGUGCAAGCACAGAAACUUGCAGGUGACCUCUCCACUCUGCAGGAGAAGAUGGCUGCGGCCAGCAAGGAGGUGGACCACCUGGAAGCCCUCGUACGAAAAGCAGGCGAGCAGCAGGGAACAGCUUCCUGUGAGCUACUUAAGGAACCCUCAAGGGGGGGAGACGGAGAGGAGCAGCAGGGACGCCAGUUGGGCAGCGGGCUGGAGAGGCUUCGAGCUGCGCUGAUUGAGAGCCAGGGGCGACAGCAGGAGGAGCAGGCUCAGCAGGAAAGGGAGGUGGCGAGGCUGACCCAGGAGCGGGGUCAAGCCCAAGCAGAUCUAGCCCAGGAGAAAGCUGCCAAGGCGGAGCUCGAGAUGCGACUGCAGAAUGCCCUCAAUGAACAGCGUGUGGAAUUCGCAGCCCUGCAAGAGGCUCUGGCCCAAGCCCUGGCAGAAAAGGAAAGGAAAGACCAGGAGCUGGUAAGGCUGCGUGGGCAAGAGACAACCCGGAGAACAGAGCUGGAGGAGGCGCAGCUAAUUGUGCAGCAGCUGAAGGCACAGCUGGCCAAGAGGGAGGAGCACCAGCAGCCUGUGGGGACAGCUGGCGGAGAGCGCGCCCGGUCUGAGGCCACUGCAAAGGCAGAGCGGAAAGACCCUGAGCUGGAGGCUCUGCAGGCAGAGGUGAGCAAGCUGGCGCGGCAGUGCCAGGAGCGCCAGGAGCAGGCCAUUGGCCUGGAGCGCAGGCUGGAGGCUGAGCGUGCCUCCAGCGCCAAGCAGGCAGAGUCUGUGAAGACCCUGCGGGGCCAACUGCAGGAGAAGGCCCAGGAGCUGGGACGCAGUCAGGAUACCUUAGCCGCAGCCCAGAGGGAGCUGGCCACCCUCCAUGCCAGGGCCCAGGACCACAGCAAGGCUGAGGGUGAGUGGAAGACCCAGGUCGCUCGCAGCCAGCAGGAGGCCGAAAGGAAAAGCAGCCUCAUCAGCAGCUUAGAGCAGGAGGUGUCCAUCCUGAACCGCCAGGUCCUGGAAAAGGAGGGCGAGAGCAAGGAGCUGAAGCGCCUGGUUGUAGCCGAGUCAGAAAAGAGCCAGAAGCUGGAAGAGAGGCUUCGGCUGCUCCAGGUGGAGGCAGCCAGCAACAGCGCCAGGGCUGCCGAACGCAGCUCAGCUCUACGGGAAGAGGUCCACAGCCUGCGGGAGGAGGGGGAGAAGCAGCGGGUGGCUUCAGAGGGCCUGCGGCAGGAACUGGCCUCACAGGCGGAGCGAGCGGAGGAGCUGGGCCAGGAGCUGAAGGCCUGGCAGGAGAAGUUCUUCCAGAAGGAGCAGGCUCUCUCAGCCCUGCAGCUGGAGCACACCAGCACCCAGGCCCUGGUGAGCGAGCUGCUGCCGGCCAAGCACCUGUGCCAGCAGCUGCAGGCCGAGCAGGCGGCUGCCGAGAAACGCCACCGAGAAGAGCUGGAGCAGAGCAAGCAGGUGGCCGGCGGGCUGCGGGCAGAGCUGCUGCGGGCCCAGCGGGACCUCGGGGAGCUGCUACCCCUGCGGCAGAAGGUAGCAGAGCAGGAGCGGGCAGCCCAGCAGCUGCGGGCAGAGAAGGCCAGCUACGCAGAGCAGCUGAGCAUGCUGAGGAAGGCCCACGGCGUGCUGGCAGAGGAGAACCGCGGGCUGGGCGAGCGGGCCAGCCUUGGCCGGCAGUUUCUGGAAGUGGAGCUGGACCAGGCCCGAGAGAAGUAUGGCCAGGAGCUGGCGGCUGUGCGUGCCGACGCUGAGUCGCGCUUGGCUGAGAUGCGGCGGGAAGCACAGAGCACGGCCCGUGACCUGGAGGUGAUGACAGCCAAGUACGAGGGCGUCAAGGCCAAAGUCCUGGAGGAGAGGCAGCGGUUUCAGGAGGAGCGGCAGAAACUCACUGCCCAGGUGGAGCAGCUAGAGGUAUUUCACACACAGCAGACUAAGCAGGUGGAGGAGCUGAGCAAGAAGCUUGCUGAGCAGGACCAGGCCAGCAAGGCCCAGCAGCAGAAGCUGAAGGCCCAGGGAGGUGAGAGCCAGCAGGAGGCCCUGCGGCUCCAGGCUCAACUCAAAGAGCUGCAGGCCCAGCUGGGCCACAAGGAGCAGGCGGUGGAGCACUACAGGCUGCAGAUGGAGAAAGCCAAGACCCACUACGAUGCCAAGAAGCAGCAGAACCAAGAGCUGCAGGAGCAGUUGAGGGGCCUGGAGGAGCUGCAGAAGGAAAACAAGGAGCUGCGGUCCGAGGCCGAGCGGCUGGGCCGGGAGCUGCAACAGGCGGGGCUGAAGACCAAGGAGGCUGAGCAGAGCUGUCGCCAGCUGACGGCCCAGGUGCGCAGCCUGGAGGCCCAGGUCACCCAUGCUGACCAGCAACUUCGAGAACUGGGCAAGUUCCAGGUGGCGACAGAUGCUCUCAAGAGCCGGGAGCCACAGGCAAAGCCACAGCUGGACUUGAGUGUCGACAGUUUGGACCUGAGCUGCGAGGAGGGGACCCCACGUGCUAUUACCAGCACGCUGCCUCGCACCCAGCCAGAUGGCACCAGCAUCCCUGGAGAGCCGGCCUCACCUGUCUCCCAGCGUCUGCCUUCCAAGGUCGAAUCCCUGGAGAGCCUCUACUUCACCCCCAUUCCUGCCCGGGGCCAGCCCCCCCUGGAGAGCAGCCUGGACUCCCUCGGGGACGUCUUUCUGGACUCGGGCCGGAAGACCCGCUCCGCCCGUCGCCGAACCACACAGAUCAUCAACAUCACCAUGACCAAGAAGCUCGAGAUGGAGGAGCCAGACAGCGCCGACUCGUCCUUCUACAGCACACAGUCUGCCCCUGCUUCCCAGGCUGGCCUACGUGCCACCUCCUCUGCCCAGUCUCUCGCCCGCCUGGGCUCCCCCGAUGACGGCAACUCAGCCCUGCUCAGCCUGCCCGGCUACCGGCCCACCACCCGCAGCUCCGCUCGCCGCUCCCAGGUUGGAGUGUCCAGUGGGGCCCCUCCAGGGAGGAACAGCUUCUACAUGGGCACUUGCCAGGAUGAGCCCGAGCAGCUGGAUGACUGGAACCGCAUUGCGGAGCUACAGCAGCGCAACCGCGUGUGCCCGCCACACCUCAAGACCUGCUACCCCCUGGAGUCCAGGCCUUCCCAGAGCCUGGUUACUAUCACCGACGAGGAAAUGAAAACUGGGGACCCGCGGGAGACCCUGCGCAGAGCCAGCAUGCAGCCGUCCCAGAUCGCAGAGGCUGCUGGGAUAACCACCCGGCAGCGCAAACGGGUCUCCCUGGAGUCCCACCACGGCCCCGGCACCCCCGAGUCUAAGAAGGCCACCAGCUGUUUCCCACGCCCCAUGACUCCCCGACAUGAGGGGCGCAGACAGAGCACUACGGAGGCCCAGAAGAAAGCAGCUUCGACUGCUAAACAGGGUGACCGGCGCCAGUCGAUGGCCUUCAGCAUCCUCAACACCCCCAAGAAGCUGGGGAACAGCCUUCUGCGGAGGGGAGCCUUGAAGAAACCCCCGGCCACGGCCUCGCCCAACACCCGCAGUGGGACCCGCCGCUCUCCACGCAUCACCGCAGCCGCCAGCCCUCGGGUCAAGGGCAAGGCAAAGCACUAAGGACCAGUACCCGUGAGUGGCCUGCCUAUGCCCCGAUGCCGCCUCGCCCGGUCGUCUUCCUGUCCCUCUCAGUGCCUUCUCCCAGGCCCACGGUGGCCCACCCCUAGAGACAGUGAUGCCUGCCUACACCUGGAACCUAGCUCGGUGUCUGUCAGAUGUGCCCUCAGCCCCCUUCACCACCAGAUCCCUGGCUUCAAGUGGCGGUCCUCAGCCUCUAGAAGGGACCAUUGGAGAAGCGGGCCAAGGAGUCGGGGGCUCACUCCCCACCUCCCGGGGGAAGUCGGAGCGACGGGGAGGUUUUUAAGGGCCAGAGAUGGAUCUUUUCUAAAUGUUAUUACUUGUAAAUAAAGUCUAUUUUUCUCCCUCGA